GCAUAUCACUACCGUCACUUCAUGACAGUCGCCUGCCCCCCCGCCGUACGCAAACUGGAUCAAUCUCGCAGUCGUGAACAGACCCUUCGACGCUUAGAUCGAGCUCUAGCCAGGAGAUACGUAGAAUUAUUAUUGAGGCGCCACCAAAUGCUAGCCGCACAGAGGAAUCAACAGGACAAUCCAAAGCUCAAACCAAGGUUGGAGCUAUGUGAUGAUCCUGAUUCAAGUAGAGUCACUGCUACCCUCGAGUUACCUGGAUUGAAAGCAAAUGACAUUGCCAUACAUCUGGACGGUAGCAGACUCAUCAUCUCUGGUGAGCGCCGAUCGAACAUUCCACCCGAUAAAGUGUUAGCCGACUCCAAAUACCCCGUCAAGGAGAUUAAGUACGGGAAAUUUGAUCGUAUCGUAGAUGUUCCAGCGGGCACAAUGAUGAGCACCGUGUCUGCAUCUAUGAGUGACGGCAUGCUCCUUGUGACUU